GCUCCAGCUACACGAGAAAGUUCGCUGUUCGACCGUGUUCGACUCAGGAGUCAGGAAUCACGAUCCGUUUAAACUCCGGAGUGGUCCGCUUUUCCUCCGUGAAGCACACGCCGAGAGGACCACUUGCGUUUUUUUUCUACAGACAUCUGUAACGUUAAAGCAGUUUUCAGACAUGACUGAAUCAGACGUGAAUCCUAAAGCGUAUCCUCUGGCAGACGCCACUCUCUCCAAAACCAUCCUGGACCUGGUUCAGCAAGCGGCCAAUUACAAACAACUGAGAAAAGGGGCCAAUGAAGCCACUAAAACCCUGAACCGUGGCAUCGCGGAGUUCAUCGUGAUGGCUGCCGAUGCCGAACCUCUGGAGAUCAUCCUUCAUCUGCCUCUGCUGUGUGAGGACAAGAACGUCCCGUACGUGUUUGUGCGCUCCAAGCAGGCGUUGGGGCGCGCGUGCGGGGUGUCCCGUCCCGUCAUCGCCACCUCCGUCACCAUCAAAGAAGGCUCUCAGCUCAAGCCUCAGAUUCAGUCGGUGCAGAUGGCCAUCGAGAGACUGCUGGUCUGACAACUCCUCCCCAGUCUUGAUGUGUCGCUUGUUUCCCCCCUUAUGUUUUAACUAUGAAUUGCUCUGUUUAUCUUAAGUUUGAAUGUACAUAUACAUUUAUGUUAAGAAAAGAAAAAAAAUACAGUAACUGCUUUUCUAUUUUUUUAUGAUAAUUUUAAGUUUGUCAUGGUGGAACAUUUAAAAAAUAGUUAUGAAGUUAUAUAUGGCGAUCAUUGUACAGAUUUGUAAUAAAACACAAACUCCAGGA